AAAUAGUGAGCACUUUUAAUUCAUUAUUUCCUUCGGUUUUAUUACACUUUGCUAUACUGUAAUUAACUUCAACUUAAGGUAGAGAGAGAGAGAGAAAGAGAGGAGAGAGAAAGUGUUCAGAUUGGUUACAAUGGAGUCGGAACCUGGGAUUUCUCCAUCUAGAACAUCUUCCAAGUUAUCUUGGGUAAACUUGUCCAGGACCCUGCUAUUAGCUUAUCAGAGUGUUGGUGUUGUUUAUGGGGAUUUGAGUACAUCACCACUCUAUGUUUAUACAAGCACUUUCAAAGGGAGGAGGAUGCCUAUCAGCGAGGAUUCUGUAUUUGGUGCAUUUUCCUUAGUGUUCUGGACACUAACGCUGAUUCCAUUGCUCAAAUAUGUCUUCUUCGUAUUAAGUGCAGAUGAUAGUGGGGAAGGUGGAACAUUCGCUCUAUACUCCCUCCUUUGCAGACAUGCAAAAUUCAGCUUGCUUCCAAAUCAACAGGCUGCAGAUGAGGAGCUGUCGACUUAUAAAUAUGGCCAUUCAACACUAGUUACUGCCAGCUCUCCGCUAAAGAGAUUCCUUGAUAAACACAAAAAUCUGCGCACAGCCUUACUAGUUUUUGUGUUGAUUGGCGCGGGCAUGGUUAUUGGAGAUGGUGUUUUGACACCUGCUAUUUCAGUUUUAUCAUCAGUUUCAGGGCUUCAAGUUGCUGAAACAAAACUAAGCGAGGGUGUACUUAUGUUGCUUGCCUCUGUAAUUUUGGUGGGCCUGUUUGCUCUUCAGCACUGUGGUACCCACAAGGUGGCAUUUUUGUUUGCUCCAAUUGUCUUAAUUUGGCUGUUCUCAAUAUUCGGAAUUGGUUUGUACAACACAAUAUAUUGGAACCCAAAAAUAGUUCAUGCAUUUUCUCCACAUUAUAUCGUCAAGUACUUCAAGGAAACUGGAAAAGAUGGCUGGAUUUCUCUUGGAGGAAUACUUCUUUGCACAACAGGUACAGAAGCUAUGUUUGCAGAUAUUGGUCACUUUACAGCCUUCUCCAUAAAGCUCGUUUUCGCAUGUGUCAUAUAUCCUUGCCUUGUGGUUCAGUACAUGGGUCAGGCUGCAUAUCUGUCUAUGAACACCACCCAUAUUGAUCACUGUUUCUAUGAUUCUAUUCCUGAUUCUGUGUUUUGGCCUGUGUUUGUUAUUGCAACUCUUGCCGCAAUUGUUGGAAGUCAGGCUGUCAUCACUGCAACAUUCUCCAUCGUCAAACAAUGCCAUUCUCUAGGAUGCUUCCCAAGAGUGAAAGUUGUCCAUACAUCAAAACAUAUAUAUGGCCAAAUAUACAUUCCCGAAAUAAACUGGAUUCUCAUGAUCCUGACUCUUGCUGUAACUAUUGGCUUUCGUGAUACUACAUUGAUUGGUAAUGCAUAUGGUCUUGCUUGCAUAUCAGUUAUGCUCAUCACAACUUGCCUUAUGGCAAUUGUUUUGACCUUUGUGUGGCAAAGAGGUGCUUUUGCUAUUCCGUUUCUUCUGUUUUUUGGUUUUAUUGAGGCUGUGUAUUUGUCUUCAGCAUUUAUUAAAGUACCUCAAGGAGGUUGGGUUCCCAUAAUGUUGUCACUUGUAAUCGUGCUUGUGAUGUAUGUCUGGCACUACGGAACCCGCAAGAAGUACAAUUUUGACCUUCAUAACAAGGUCUCACUGAAAUGGAUACUUGGCCUGGGUCCCAGUCUUGGUAUAGUACGUGUACCUGGCAUUGGUUUGAUUUACUCUGAACUUGCAGUGGGAGUUCCUGCUAUCUUCUCCCACUUCGUGACUAAUCUACCUGCCUUUCACAAGGUCUUGGUUUUUGUUUGUGUAAAGUCAGUGCCGGUCCCAUAUGUUUCUCCAGAAGAGCGUUUUCUCAUUGGCCGCAUAUGUCCUAGACCAUAUCGCAUGUAUCGCUGUAUAGUUCGAUAUGGAUACAAGGAUAUUCCUCGAGAUGACGGGGAGUUUGAGGACUUGCUUAUCAAAAGCAUUGCAGAAUUCAUUCAGAUGGAAGCUGUGGAGCCUCAGUUUUCUGGCUCAGACAGUUCCUCCUUCGAUGGUAGGAUGGCUGUGAUAAGUACUCGAACUGUUCAAUCAAACUCAAGCUUAGUUGUAUCCGAGCAUGAUGAUCAGGAUAUCAAUGAAAUUACUCAUAGUAGCAGGUCUCUGACACUUCAGAGUUUAAGAUCUGUGUACGAUGAUGAGAGUGUUCAGCAGAUCAGGAGGCGUCAUGUAAGAUUUCAGCUGCCACAAAGUCCUGCAAUGGAUCCAGAUGUUAGAGAAGAGCUAUUGGACUUAAUUGAGGCAAAGGAGGCUGGGGUUGCAUAUGUUAUGGGGCAUUCCUAUGUUAAGGCUCGAAGGUCCUCUUCUUUCUUGAAAAAGCUUGGUAUUGAUAUUGGAUAUUCCUUUCUGAGGAAGAAUUGUCGUGGUCCUUCUGUCGCUCUCAACAUACCGCAUAUAAGCCUCAUUGAAGUUGGGAUGAUAUACUAUGUCUAGCAUUAUAUUUAAUUUAGAAAAUUGCUGUAAGUAAUGCAUUUUUCCUGAACAGUGAGUAGAGGUUGGGAGGGGGAAAGAAGAAAAACAGUGAAUAGAGAGGUUGGGCGGGGGAAAGCAGGAAAAAAGAAUCAUUAGUAUAGUUCCCUUUAAUUGUAUAAGGGUAGUCAUAAUCUUCUGGUUUUUGCUUGUGUACAGAUCAAUAAAAAAAAAUUUUAAGAAAGUUUUGUAGGUAUUCUGUUAUUCAAUCAAGAAUACAUAUCUUAAUAUACUGCAUUUGUGUUUGUUUCGGUA